UACACAAAAGUAAGAAGAAAUAAAACCCAUUUAUAUAAAAAAAACAAAAAUAAAUAAAAAAACCCACUUAAUAUAUCGAAACAAAAAGUUUUUCUUAGUCAGAAAACAUGGAUUCUUACAAGCAAACUUUUCUGGAACAAGAUUCAGAGAUGAAGCCAAAUCUGACAUCUGACAAGAAGAAGAAAAGGAAAAGAAUUCCUAAAGAGAUUGGAGAAUCCAAAUCCAAAGAUAAACAGAUUAUGUCAGAUAAGCCCAAGAAAGGUUCCGGUAAAGGGAAAAAAACGAAACUUUGUGACAUUUAUAAAGAUGCCGAAGACCAGUACAUGAGUUUAGAGCGAGCGGCAAUUUUUUUAGAGCGCCUAGAUGAGGGGUUACCAAAAUUUGCCAAAUGCAUGCUCCCCUCAAAUGUUCUUUAUAGUUUUUGGUUGAUUUUACCCAGAAAAUUCUGUGUUAUGCAUUUGCCUGACAGCGAUACAACAGUUACUCUUGUGGAUGAGUCUGGAAAGGAGUUUAAAACUAACUACCUUUUGGCAAGGCAUGGUUUAAGUGCCGGAUGGAGGGGAUUUACCACUGCACAAAGGUUACUGCAGGGUGAUAUUCUGUUUUUCCGUCUUGUUCAACCCUGCAAGCUACAGGUUAAUAUAGUAAGAAGAUAUGGUCUCGAGGCGAUAGAAGCGGCUGUUUGUUUAAUGGAAAUGCAUCCUCGUGUUAAAAGGAAAAGAGGACCAACUGACUUUGAGAAAGCGGGGGAAGCUAAGAGAGAAAAACUUAAGCAUAAAGAAGUUAAAGAAGAAGAAGAGUGUGAACUCGAGAUCCAAGCCCCCACGAAAGCAGGGGAAGAUAUUAAAGAGGAACUUAAGCAUAAAGAAGUUAAGGAAGAAGAAGAAUGUGAACUCAAGAACCAAUUCAUGGUGAAAGGAAGGGAAGAUACGAAAGAAGAACUUAUACAUAAUGAAAUUACGGAAGAAGAAUGUGAACUAAAGAACCAAACCCCGGGGAAAGUAGGGAAAGUUAAGAAAGGAAAACUCAAGCAUAAGUCAGUCAAGGAAGGGGGAACAAAGAAAGGAAAACUUCAGCUUAAAGAAGUUAAGGAAGCAGAACAAUGUGAACAACAGAAGCAAACCCCAGUGAAAGCAACAGGGGGAGCCAAGAAAGGAAAAACUAAUCAAAAAGAAGUUAAGGAAGAAGAAUGUGAACUUAAUAACCAAACCCCAGUGCCUGUACAAACAAAUAAAGGCAAGAGAACACGUAGAAGUCCGAAGAAGUUUAUAGCAAGAUUUACACUAGAUCUUUGUUCAACUCAAAGGAAUGGUGAAGAAGAUAGUGAAAUUCAAAGGGUAUCGUGUGCUGCCCAAUGUGAUAAUAGUGAUGGCCCGAGCUCAGAAGUUGUGCAAGGCUCAACUUCAGAAAUUACCAACCAGUCACAACCUGAUGAAGUCGGGAGCUUCAAACUGAAUCUGGAUUAUCAUGAGAGCAACAUCAACUGUCAUACAACUGCAGAAAGAAUAUUUCAUUCUUCUACCGUGGCCACAUAAAGAAUGAAUACCUCUUUAUGUAAUUUUUGUGCAAAUCUGUAGAAGGCUUUUUGGAAACGUCAUCAUGGGAAGUCAAAAUCCGAAUCUGAAUGUAAAAAAGCUAAAACAAGCGCAUAUGAUGUAUUAAUUAUUUUUGUUGAGGGCGUCUUGGACAUGCUUUUGAAUGAAGAGAGCUCUUGAAGUUGGAAUGGAUCUACAAGCACAGUAACUUUUACAGGGCAAAUGAAGAACGAACAAUGUUAAUGCACCUUUUUUUCCCUUCAUACUGUGGUGCUAUAUAGUAUAUAUUUUUAGUUUUCUAGGAUAAAGUUAUUUUGGUACACAUAGGAAGAAUUCUUUUGAUUCUAUAGGUCUAAGUGUCGGUUUUUGCUGGAUUCAUUACUAACUUCUGAUUAGAAUGUUCAAAAAAUGUGUAAAAUUUUGGUUUUGUUGUA